AAUGCGCGGAAAAGUCCACGUUUCCUCUAUUUCUUCAAAUGCAGCAUAAAAAUGGCGCCAAACUGCGAUUCGUUUUGCCACAGGUGUCACUUAAAUUAGCUACAAUUUAAAAAAAAUAAUUCCUGUAACAAAUGGUGCAGUUGUGAUGUAUUUCAAAAUGGAUGUCAAAUUAAUACUCGUUUCAUUCAUUUGUGUAUCGUUGGUGUGUGGGCAUAAGAACAGGGAUAAAAGAAGAGCUAGAUUGUUUUCUUUCAAUACUUUGGAAAAUGAUAUUAAGGUCAAUCUGGAGUUUUCGAUACCAUUCUUAUCAAUUCCUGUGAAAAAAACAAUGGAUAGCGGAUUUGGGCUUCAAUCUCUGGGCCUACCAACAGUUAACUUGAACCCAGGUGCCUUGGCUUUGGGAGGAGCCGUAGUCCUCGGUACAACCUUCGUGAUACCGCUGUUGUUGAAGAAAUUCGCUAACCAAUACCCUGAACGAAGAUAUUCCAAAAUGCUAAACAACGCUGAGUUCGAUGCGGACUUGUUGUUGGGGUUUGUCAAUGAGCUGCUGGAUAGCCACAGUGUCCACGGCUGCAGCUUGAGGGUCGCCUGCUGGAGUGGCCAGAGCGCGCAUUAUGGCGACUUCAUGAAGUUAUGGGACCAAGUUACCAGCAAUAAAAUAAUAUCAACCAUGGUCAACACGACUGCAGUUGAAGACGCUAUGAUACAGGGUCGGAACGGUCAUGAUUGCUUGACCUUCACCCCUUGUCCCUUACAGAAGAACCAUCUACCACAGAUAAUGAAAAACAUUUCGUUGCUUACCAAAACAUUCGAUUUAUUCUCAUAAACUUUUACAAAUAAAUUAUGUAUAUUUUUACACAUAUGUUUCAGUAUUUUAUGGUUAAUUAUGAUUGUUGAUAAUAAAUUAUUAAAUAAAUAAACCAGAUUUUUAUAACAAUUGUCUAAUUAAUCUGUAGCCUAUGAAACAAAGUGUUGUA